GCCCGCCGCCCUCCCCUCGGCAAAUGGCGGCUCUCAGGGGAGCUUCACCCCCCCCCGCCCCCCCCCCCCGGACGCCUUCUUCCCGGCUGCCCUCCCACGUGACCGCCGCGCGCUCUCUCCGGCCCCUUCUCCCCGCCCCUCGCCUCUCGCUGAUUGGGGGUGGCCGCCCGGCGGCGGGCGCUGAUUGGUCGGCGUUGGCGCGCGAAGGGGCUCGCGGCGUUGGCGCGGCAGGCGGCGGGGGCAGGAAACAAUAGAGCCGCGGCCGGAGGGCUCAGAGCAGGCAGCGCAGGCACCGGCUGCCCGCCCGGCCCAACCCGCCCCGCCUCGCUCACCCUCGUUCCCCGCAGCCGCCCCACUGCCCCCGCCUCGACAUGGCGGACAAGGAAGCAGCCUUUGAUGAUGCAGUGGAAGAACGUGUGAUCAAUGAAGAGUACAAAAUAUGGAAAAAAAAUACCCCCUUCUUGUACGAUUUGGUAAUGACCCAUGCUCUGGAGUGGCCCAGCUUGACUGCUCAGUGGCUUCCUGAUGUAACAAGACCUGAAGGCAAAGAUUUCAGUAUCCAUCGGUUGGUCCUGGGGACUCACACCUCAGAUGAACAAAACCACCUGGUGAUAGCAAGUGUGCAGCUGCCCAAUGAUGAUGCUCAGUUUGAUGCUUCCCACUAUGACAGUGAGAAAGGAGAGUUUGGAGGCUUUGGAUCUGUCAGUGGAAAAAUUGAAAUUGAAAUCAAGAUAAAUCAUGAGGGAGAAGUGAACAGAGCACGUUACAUGCCACAGAAUCCCUGUAUCAUCGCCACGAAGACUCCAUCCAGUGAUGUCCUUGUCUUUGAUUACACCAAACACCCUUCCAAACCAGACCCUUCUGGAGAGUGUAACCCUGAUCUGCGUCUUCGUGGCCACCAGAAGGAAGGCUAUGGGCUAUCAUGGAACCCAAACCUGAGUGGGCAUUUGCUUAGUGCUUCUGAUGAUCAUACCAUUUGCUUGUGGGAUAUCAGUGCUGUUCCAAAAGAAGGCAAAGUGGUGGAUGCAAAGACCAUCUUCACAGGGCAUACAGCAGUGGUGGAAGAUGUAUCCUGGCACCUGCUCCACGAAUCUCUUUUUGGAUCUGUUGCUGAUGACCAGAAACUCAUGAUUUGGGAUACUCGGUCAAACAACACCUCCAAACCCAGUCAUUCAGUGGAUGCUCACACGGCUGAAGUCAAUUGCCUCUCCUUCAACCCCUACAGUGAGUUUAUUCUGGCUACAGGAUCAGCUGAUAAGACUGUUGCUCUGUGGGAUUUGAGAAACCUGAAAUUGAAAUUGCACUCUUUUGAAUCACACAAAGAUGAAAUAUUUCAGGUUCAGUGGUCUCCCCACAAUGAAACCAUAUUGGCCUCCAGUGGGACUGACCGCAGGCUAAACGUGUGGGACUUGAGUAAAAUUGGAGAAGAGCAAUCCCCUGAAGAUGCUGAGGAUGGUCCCCCUGAGCUGUUGUUUAUUCAUGGUGGUCAUACUGCAAAGAUCUCUGAUUUCUCCUGGAAUCCCAAUGAACCCUGGGUAAUUUGUUCUGUAUCAGAAGACAAUAUCAUGCAAGUCUGGCAAAUGGCGGAGAACAUCUAUAAUGAUGAAGACCCUGAAGGAAGUGUGGAUCCAGAAGGUCAGGGAUCCUAGAUGAGAACCUUUUCCUGGUUUUAGUCUUUUUCCUUCUCUUCCCUUUCAACCCUGAUAUUGACUUAACACUGGUUUUGAGACACACGUAGACUUUGUGUUCAGCCAUCCUUCCGUAGAUGCCACCAACAGGCUUUUUAACCCAGACACUGAAUAAUCCCUGAGGAAAGGGCUCAGCCCUGCUCCUUGGGCAGAUUCUCUCCAGCCACCUCUUGCUCUCAGGCUGGCUGUCCUCGUUUAGCUGCCGUCACCACACAAAGCAAACUUGGGUUGGUUGUUGUUUCUUCUAUUUUUUUUUAGCUUGCUACAGCUGCAGCUUUUGCUUAAUUUAAACAAAAAUUGAUGGGCUUGAGUGCCAGAGUGGAGAUGAGCCAGUGGAGAUGAUAUCAGUGUUAAUCCACUGACAGUUCAGAAAUAAAGUGUGGAAGGUUUUGUCCCCUUCAGUGCAACUCUGAAGUCUUGGGAUUUCUUUGAUUGAUCUGGUGCAGAUACAAACCAGACUUGCAGUUUCUGACUUGAACUGAAAUUCAGUUUCCUUCUAUAUUUUUUAGUUUCUACUGGUAAUUCUGGGGUUUUUGUUCCUUCCUUCCUUUCCCUUUUCUCCUACCUGCUGGGCAGCAGCAGUUUGGAUUUGUUAGCUAUACUUGCAGAGCAUUGUUCACCUUCCAUGUGUUUUGCUCUAUUAUGUGUUUCUUGAGCUGUGUUUUCACAUAAAUUUUCUUCCUUUCUGUGAAAUGGUUUUUAAAACUUGGGGCCACCAAGUUGUAAAGGUUGUAUGUUUUUACCAACUGAUGUACCACAGAUGGCAUACCCAGGAACCUGAAACAGCAUUGGCAGCUGGUAUCUGGAAAGCAAAUUAAACCUGGAUAAACUAUUUUUUUUGGGAGUUAGUUCUCGACCACUAGUUCCUGCACAUCUUCCACUUAGGGUGUCCUGUUCCACCAGCAACCUGUAACUCUCCAUGCUCCUGAUAACUAAUUGCGUGUAACUGCUUCAGAUGGAAUAAAUUUUUCUACAUAAAUGC